AUGCAAAAUCCCAGUGAUAUAGUUUUGUCAACUGCAACACCGAAUGCAGAUAUUCAAUCCUAUCCUCAUAAAUCCAUUCAGCAUACUUCAAUCAAUAAUAUCGGUUCCAUAAAAGCUAGUGGUUGUCAGAUGUGCUCAUCAAUCAGUUGUAACAAUGAUCAAAAUACCGCAGAAUUGUCAGCGAAUUGUAGUGAAAACUUUACUUCAAGAAGUUCUGUUAAUCGAUCUACAGCUUUGUCAGACGACAUGACUUUCUGCAUAAAGCAACCAGAUCAUAUGCCUAGUUCAUCAUUUACAUGUACAGCAUUGUCAUCAACUGUAACAGUUUAG